UAUUAAUAGCAUCGCGUGAAUCGCGCCGCGUGGGCGACGAUCGAUCGUUGUCGGACUCCUAGCAGCUCAUUCUUUGAUCACCCAAGCAGCGCAAACUCAAACAGCUGCAGCAGAACGUGCCAAACAAGCAUCACUGUACAUAGCACCUGGCAGCAACCACAGCAGCUAACGCCGUCGAGGCGCCUUGCCAAGUAAUUACCACUCGCACUUGUGCGGUCUCGACCGCACAAUGCUGCCGCCGACGUGCUACGUCCGCGGCGCGACCACCGCGCUGCGCGCCGCCGCGCCCCUCGUCGAGGCCGCGGUCGACAUCGCCGCAGCAGCGGCUACCGCGACGGCCGGCGCGACGGCCGGCGCGACGGCCGAGGCGGCCGCCGGCGCGACGGCCGAGACCGCCGUCGCGGCGGCCUCGACGGCCGGCGCCGCGGCACUCGCUUUGACGCCCUUCGGCACCCAAAUUAUUCAAGCGUUACCCCAUGUUGAUUUGAGGAUCUGCUUGCUGCAGGCCGGGGCGUCUCUCUUCGCUUCUAUUUUUGGCUUCGGAGACGCCGUGAUAGCCGUGCCUCUGUUAGCCGUCCUCUUCCACUUCGAGGCGACGCAAGCCGCACCUUUAGUCGUGUUCGUUACUUUCUUCCUGACGGCGGCGAACGCGGUCGCGGACAUCGAAGGAGGCAUUCAACAAGCUGCAGGCAGAUGGUCCACAAGUGCAGCGAUGAUUGGAGGUGCCGCCGCGGGCGUGCCGAUAGGCGUCUCCGCACUGGUGCAGGUCGAGCCCUGGGCGAUACGGGCCGGCGUCGGGUCCUUUCUGCUGCUGUAUGGCCUUUACGACAUCUUCGGCAGCGAGAGCGAGGAGAUGCCUGCUUCUGAAGAAGCGAAAUUGGCGAGCGUGGCUACUACCAUACCGUAUGGCUUUGCGGCGGGUUUCUUGGGCGGGGCCAUUGCCGAGCCCGGUCCGGUCGCCGUUGUUCUGGGCAAAGCCCGAGGUUGGUCACCACCAACUUUAAGGGCGAUGCUGAUCCGCUUCUUUUUGCCGGUGCAGAUCUUGUCCUUGGCUCGUUUCAACGCCGAAGGGUUGUUGAGCGCGGACAUUGUGGCCCAAGGCGCCGCGGCAUUACCAUUGGUAUUAGCGGCGUCGGCCGCGGGCACCACUAUAAACAGGAAGGUCGACCCCGAGGCCUUCAGCGACGUCGUCGGCGGCCUCGUCGCCGGGCUGGGGCUGCUCUGUCUGUCGACGGCGUACUCGGACUUCCUCGAGGGCACGGCGUCGCGCGCGUCGUCGGUGCUGCUUUCGUAGUAAGGCGGGUCGUUUUUU